AGAACCCGGCUACAACCCCAGAGCCCCCAGGUGGUCUGGAGCCCUGGACCGUGUCGGAGGCUGGACGGAGCUCCCUGGCUGAGGUAGGGCCCCACCCUGCUGCCAGCAGUCCCAUCCUCCUCCCGCCAGUCUUCCCAGAGUGAGUCCUUUGUGCUGCCUGCCUGGCCUCUGAUCCUGGCUCCCACCCACUUAUGGCCUCCUGGGGUUCAACAGCCUGUUUGGCCUGGAUCCUCUUUCCAGUCUUGACCUUCCACUUAGCUUUGUCCCUUAAGGGGCACAGGGGCCAUGGCUGGGCCUUCCUUCUCUGGGCAUGGGGCAAGGGGGAUCAGGGAGGGGGGCAGGGAAAUCCUGGGCGCAGGAAGCCAGAGGUGCUCUCCCUAAACUGUAGUAGUACCCAGAGACCCUCUCUGCCAGCCUUGCCAAGUGGGCCCAUUGUCCCUGUGACUAGCAGUGUCCACUGAAUGGGACCCUCCUGGGCCCCUGCCCAUCCUUAUCUGCUUGCAGAUGACACAGGUUUCCUAGAGGGGGCAGCCAGGAGGGACCUUAUGUGCCACUUUACGGAUGGGGACACUGAGGCCCAAGAACAGGCUGUGACUCUCCUAAGGCCCCAUAGCUGGUAGUGGCAACGCUCGACUUGAACCUUGGCAAAGGUUUUCACCUCAGAGAUGAGCUGCACACAGUAUGAACACAGCUCUACCCCUCCUUGGUCCCCAGCACUGAGGUUAAGUGGGCCACAUCUUUGGAAGCUAGAGGGUAUCCAAGCUAGAGGGGUCAUUCUCUUUGCUCUUUGGUCUGAACAGAGGUGGAGGUUGACUCAUUCCUGACUUUCCCCCUAGGAACCUGCCUCCAGCCUCCUCCCUCCAGAAAGCCUUCUACCGCCUUCCCCCGACAUUCACCCAGGCUUCUCCUCUAAGCCUUUAAUAGGGGGUGCUCCUGCCCCAAGGCCUCCAUGUUUUUGCUCAUUUAUCCCUGGAACUCAGAAGGGUGUGUGUGUUGGGGGGGGUGUGCUCCAGGGGCUUCCAGAAUCCAAGGGGCGAGGAUGUCCCAGAAUGCGAGGGAGCAGAGGCAUGUGUGUAUUCUCGCACAUAGGUCCCCACCGAAGCAAGUAGGAUUUCCAUGUUGAGGGUUGCAGAUUCCUGGAGAGGAAGAGACUUCUUGGGCAGGCAGUGGUCUCAUGCCUCCUUCCAUAUGCUCCUUCAAAGAAGGGUGGGGCUCAUUCUCAGUGACUCAGUUUCCCCAUCUGUGUGAUGACCCAAGCCACCUGCCUGACUAGAGAAAGACUAAUACUCCGUUGAAUGACUAUCGACUAUAGAGCUCCCACUGCGUGCUAGGCGCCUUACAUGUGCUAUCAUUAAUUCUCGUAUUAGUGCUUUAAAGCUACUAUGACUAGCCUAUUUAUCAGAUGAGGAGAUAGAGACGUGCUCAGAUGGACAGAGGUUUAAGGUACGCGCUAAAGCUGUCCCUGCGGGGAGGGCCCGGCAGGGUAACUGGCUCUUGGGAGCACCCCCACCCCGCCCCAGGGAGGGGCUGAAGAGAGCAGAGGAGCUGUUGGGUGCCUGCACAGGUAGAAAGGUCCCCCACCGGGUCCUCUCCUCCAUCCCUCCCUCCCACGGUCACUGACGCUGUCACUGUUCCUCUCAGGUCAAGAUUUUCUCCCAGUCGAUGUUUACUGGGUCCCUGGGUGUUUCAGCCUGAACAGUUAGUCAUUACUUCCUCCAGGCAGCCUUCCUGGAAUGCUCAGGUCCAGUUGAGCCCAGCACUGAUGGUUCCUCUGGCUUGGCUCCUGCCAACCCAGAUUGUAACUGUUUUCAUUUUUAGCUCCCUCACUAGACUGGCAACCCUGCCGGCCACAAAACGUUUGUCCAUCUGUCUCCCUGGGUUUUUCUGGGCUUCGCAUCGGUCUCUGAGUAUCUGGCCUGUGAAAUUUACAGUGUCUCUGUUUCUGUGGGUCCCUGAGUGUCUCAGAGUCUGUGGUUUUCUGGGUUUGAGUGUUUUGGGGUCUCUGUUCUGAGACGUUCCCUAAGGGGGCUCUGUGUCUCUGUCCCCUGGGUCUCCUCGCCCUGUCAGGCGGGACACUGCUCCUCUGGCCUGAGGAGCCUCUGGGGGGUGGGGGGGUCCUUGCUGCCCUGCCUGCCCACAGUGAGGCCAGGCUAGGGUAGGCCCCCGCCCAGCCCGCUGCGUGCUCCCUCCCUCCCUCCCGCUUGCCUCACCACAGGGUUUGAUGAAUCAAACUCUUUGUCUGGGUGGGAUCUUCCCCAGCCAGCUGGGCAGAGAGAGGGCUUCCCCUGCCGGAGCAGAACAACAUCGGCAGCGGCCUUCAGCUGGAGAGGCCCAGGUGGGUGGCAGAGCAAAGGAGGAAUGGACUGUGGGCCACCUGCCACCCUCCAGUCCCACCUGGCUGGGCCACGUGGCACUGCCCGCCGCCCAGUAGCUGUGUGCCAGCAGGAGAGUCUGUCCUUUGCAGAGUUGCCCACCCUGCAGCCUCCGAGUCCUCUGUGUCUGGAUCUCUUCCCUGUCACCCCAGAGGAGCUGCGGGCUCCUGGCAGCCGCUGGUCCCUGGGGACCCCUCCUCCUCUCCAAGGGCUGCUAUGGCCACCAUCCCCGGGAGUCCCAGACACCGAGAACUGCACCAGUGGGGGGAUGCGGCCCAGCAGGGCUGGCAGCUGGCCACACUGUCCUAGUGCCCAGCCCCCAGCUCUGGAGGGACCCUGGAGUCCCCAGCACCCACAGCCACAGCGCCGGGCCAGUCAUGGCUCAGAGAAGAAGUCAGCCUGGCGCAAGAUGCGGGUCUAUCAGCGGGAAGAGCUCCCUGGCAGCCCUGAAGCCCACACUGUCUUCCUGGAGCCUGGCCAGGCAACAGAGCAGGCCCUGAGCACAGAGGAGCCCAGGCCCCUGGAGCUGUCUGCGCCCUCCCGAGUCGGCCUGGAGGGGCCUGAGCGGAGGCGCUUCUCAGCCUCUGAGCUGAUGACCCGGCUGCACUCUUCCCUGCGCCUGGGGCGGAACUCAGCAGCCAGGGUGCUGACCCCGGGGGCCGGCACUGGCAUAGCUCGGGAAGGAAAAGCAUCUGGAAGGGAGUGGCGCCGCGGAGAGAUGAGGCUGGACGGCUUGGCGACGCCGGCGCCUGUUGACCCGAGCACGGGCCAGAGCGGCUGGCCGGAGCCCAGGCUGGACACGCAGGAGGAGCAGGCGCUGGAUUCCGGGAGCGCCAGCGAGCGGCGCCAGUCUCGGUUUCUCCUUAACACGGUCCUCUACCAGGAAUACAGCGACGUGGCCAGCGCCCGCGAACUGCGGCGGCAGCAGCGCGAGGAGGAGGGCCCGGGGGACGAGGCGGAGGGCGCGGAGGAGGGGCCCGGGCCGCCGCGCGCCAACCUCUCCCCGAGCAGCUCCUUCCGGGCGCAGCGCUCGGCGCGAGGCUCCACCUUCUCGCUGUGGCAGGACAUCCCCGACGUGCGCGGCAGCGGCGUCCUGGCCACGCUGAGCCUGCGCGACUGCAAGCUGCAGGAGGCCAAGUUUGAGCUGAUCACAUCCGAGGCCUCAUACAUCCACAGCCUGUCCGUGGCCGUGGGCCACUUCUUGGGCUCUGCUGAGCUGAGCGAAUGUCUGGGGGUGCAGGACAAGCAGUGGCUCUUCUCCAAACUGCCCGAGGUCAAGAGCACCAGCGAGAGGUUCCUGCAGGACCUGGAGCAGCGGCUAGAGGCAGAUGUCCUGCGUUUCAGCGUGUGCGACAUUGUGUUGCACCACUGUCCAGCCUUCCGCCGAGUGUACCUGCCCUACGUCACCAACCAGGCCUACCAGGAGCGCACCUACCAGCGCCUGCUCCUGGAGAACCCCAAGUUCCCUGGCAUCCUGGCUCGCCUGGAGGAGUCUCCUGUAUGCCAACGUCUGCCCCUCACCUCCUUCCUUAUCUUGCCAUUUCAGAGGAUCACCCGCCUCAAGAUGCUGGUGGAGAACAUCCUGAAGCGGACAGCACAGGGCUCUGAAGACGAAGAUGUGGCCACCAAGGCCUUCGAUGCCCUCAAGGAGCUGGUGCAAGAAUGCAACACCAGCGUGCAGUCCAUGAAGAGGACAGAGGAGCUCAUCCACCUGAGCAAGAAGAUCCACUUUGAGGGCAAGAUCUUCCCCCUCAUCUCGCAGGCCCGCUGGCUGGUUCGGCAUGGGGAACUGGUGGAGCUGGCCCCACUGCCCGCAGCGCCCCCCGCCAAGCUGAAGCUGUCCAGCAAGGCCGUCUACCUGCACCUUUUCAAUGACUGCUUGCUGCUCUCCCGGCGGAAGGAGCUAGGGAAGUUUGCCGUCUUUGUCCACGCCAGGAUGGCCGAGCUCCAGGUGAAGGAUCUGAGCCUGAAGCUCCAGGGCAUCCCUGGCCACGUGUUCCUCCUUCAGCUCCUCCAUGGCCAACAUGCGAAGCACCAGUUCCUGCUGAGGGCCCGGACCGAAAGUGAGAAGCAGCGGUGGAUCUCAGCCAUGCGCCCCUCCAGCUCCCAGGAGGAUAAGGAGGUCUUCAGCGAGGGCCAAGACCGCCCCCAGGUGCAGUGUGUCCGGACAUACAAGGCUCUGCAGCCAGACGAGCUGACUCUGGAGAAGACUGACAUCCUGGCAGUGAGGACCCGAACCAGCGACGGCUGGCCCUGGUGUCCCUUGGAUGCCACUGAUGCUGCUCCUGGCCUGCGUGCCCCUAGGCUGGCUGGAGGGGGUCCGCCUGGCAGAUGGCGAGAAGGGGUGGGUGCCCCAGGCCCACGUGGAGGAGAUCGGCAGCCUCAAUGCCCGCCUUCGAAACCUCCGAGAGAAUAAGCGGAUCACAAGUGCCACCAGCAAACUGGGGGAGCCUCCCACAUGAUGGGCAGGCGUGGCCUGGGACACCAGCUCCGUGCUCAGCUCCUGGGCAGGUCUGGAGGGGCCUGUGGGGGUCCCGUGCUCCGUGGCCUGCCCUGCAGGGUCCAGCCUGUCCUCGCGCGCCUCGAAGUCCGCACUAAAGGCCGAUGCAGGUCCUUCCUCCGGCAUAGGGACUGCACAGGUGACCUGUGACACCUGGCGAGGACCGGAGCCCACUGCCUUCACGCUGCCUGACUCUGGGUCCCUCUGGCAGGGGCUCGGCUGGGGACGGCGCUGGUGCUGAGGGGUCAGAUAUGUAUAUACCUGGGGUCUUCUGGCCGCAGCCUGCUGGGCCCUGGUUGCUGUGACUUUUCUGUAAAUAAACUCCCAUGAUGCCUUU